UCACAGCCCCGGAUGAGUUCACCUGUUUCGGGGUGUGGCCAGAGGCGAGCUCAGUAUCAGCCUCAGCCGUAAGAGAAGGGGAGCUAAAAAUUUAGAGAUGAACAAUGAUUAGCUUGUUUUAGGUCGAGGUGGAAACAUAGUCUUAGCUCUGCUUGUUUUUCAGAAAAAUAGUUUUUAAUAUUUGUGGCCUGGUCGAAGUUUGAGUGAGCAUUUCAGAGCCGGAGGGGUUUUUUUGUUUGUUUUUUUGGUGUGUAUGGGUGUCUAUUUCACCACCAUGUGGAGAAUACUUGUCGCAGUCUUCCUACUGUCUCUUCUGAAAGAGUCCGCUUGUAUACAAGUGACAGUAUCUGAGACACAGCGCUCCACAGCUCUUUUCGGCUCAGUGACUCUCCGCUGUGAUUACUCCACGUCUGCAAACCCCAAUGAAGUUCUUGUCACCUGGAGAUUCAAGUCCUUCUGCAAGGAUCCUGUCCUGGAGUACUACUCCACAGCCUACCAGUCUGCGCUGCAGCUGGGACAAGACCCGGCGAACGACUGCCAAGACAGUCAGCGGACGGUUCGAGUCGUCAUCCAGAAGAGAGGAACCAAUCAGGCGACUCUGGGAACUGACUAUCGGGAGCGAAAGAUCUCGAUGCAAAAUAAGGCAGACCUGGUGAUAAAUGAGGUGAUGUGGUGGGACAACGGGGUCUACUUCUGUGCUGUUGACGCUCCUGGAGACACCACUGGUGACUCGGACAAAGAAGUCAAGCUCAUCGUCUACCAUUGGCUAACGGUGCUGUUCAUCAUCAUCGGGGCCCUCCUCCUGCUCUUACUCAUCUGUAUCUGCUGCUGCCAGUGCUGCCCACAGAUUUGCUGCUGCUAUGUCCGCUGCCCCUGUUGUCCACAGAAAUGCUGCUGUCCUGAAAGAGCUGUUAUGCAGCAUCGCAUGAUGAAGGAGGCUCAGAGGGCCAUGAAUCCGUGGAUGAACGGACAGCCAAUUUAUGCGCCAUUGAGUCAUGCAUCCUCACAGAUGAACCCAGCCCUCUAUCCAGGAUCUGUCUCUGGGAAGAGCAUCCCUCUAAAGCCCAUGCCCCUCCCUCACCCUCAAGCUUACAGCAUGCCCCCUCCCAGUGUCCAAGGCAGCCAUGUUUCUGCCAACACCAAUCAGAUGCUUGACUACCUGGAGAACCAGGUGCGAGGAAUGGAUGUCACAAGUCCUCUUCUACAGUCCGUGCCACCCUCCCGCAUGCAGCAGAUGCCUCCUCCUCCCCAGCACAUGCCUAUGAAUGUCCCAUUUUCCCCGGGGGCUCCCAGUAUGAUCUCUGCUCUUGAUGAUGGCCCAAUGAACCGCCGCAUGAAUGCAGUUCCACCAAACAGGGAUAAGUAUUCAGGAAGACCCCCGGCACCCAAGACCCAACCUCCCAGCUCCAGCGAGAGCAGCCGCAGUGGCUUUGGCCGCUACGAUGAGCGUGGGGCAGCAGGCGGGCGGCGUUACCCCUCUCCAACCAGAUCUAGAGGAAUUCCCCGGAGCUACAGUGAGGAAUCCCUCGACGGGAGAGGUCACAAUAGAUCGAAACCGGGCAUGGAUCGCCCUCGCUCCCGUUCCAGGGAUGAUUUGUUUGAUAGCAGGUCCAGAGGGGGCUACUCUCCUCCAGCAGCAAGACGCUCCAGGGGAUCGUGGGGCUCUGAUGAUGACUCCAGCAGCAGGAGAGGAGCAGCAGGGAAUAGAAGAGGGGGAGGAGGUGGAGGAGGACUCUGGGUUGACAAGCCUCCCAAGUACACAGAAUUCGAGCCAGGACAGAAACCAGGACCACGGAGGAAUGAGUACCCUGACAAAAUUUCCCGGACCGCCACCAGUGUUGUCAUCUGAGCCGUCCAGCAGGGAAACCAUUUCUGACCUCUCAGCAAACGUGCACAACUCAUUGGCCUUUUCUGGCUGUGGGUAAACUCUUAAAAAGAAUGACGCAACAUUUUUUUAAUUUAAAUUUUUUUUAUUUUUGCCUAAUUAGAUAUAAAGAAGAUUGAAAUCUAUUUGAAAGACUCAGUGAAACCUGUAAAUUGUGAAAUGCUGCGAGCUUCUAAUGGUUUCCCUUGUUUAAUAUUCGGAGAAACACUCCCCUCUGCUGGUUUGUUUGUGUGCUUAAAAAACUCUGAGGUAGCAUCAAAGUCACAGCUUAAUGUCACGUCAACCUCAGGUUGGAUGUUUGUUGUGCAGCAGCAUACAGGCAAUUCCUGGUAGUAAUAAGAUAAUAAAUGCUUUUGCGAUUUCAAUCAGGGCCAGUAAACUAACUAUAGCUGUUACAUUACACCUAUUUGAAUCCUUAAUAAUAUGAAAAGACCCCUGUCCACUUUAUGCUUAAAUUUGUAAGUGUUGUAAAUAAGUGUAUUUUUUCACAUCUGCUGUGCAUCUUAAAGUGAGUGCAAUGAAUAUAAUUUUUUAAGGUUUUGAAGGAAGCUGUGCCACAAAAAGCAGUCGGGGUUAUUUUGAACAUGUUUGUAAAUCUUUGUGCAGGCAAUAAAUUACAUAUUUGCAUUUAGUUCUCACUUGGAAAAAAAAAAUAAAACUGUGUGUAAAUAAGUGAUGAUUUUGAGUGAUGUAGGACACACUCCAAACUUUUUUUUUUUUUUUUAUAGUUGCACAUUGUGAACAUAUGGUUACCCUUGAUUUCUUCUCUGUUGCUUAAAAUCAUGUAUAGUUGGUUUGAAUUUAUUAAUAAACUCUAACUUUUAUGUA